AUGGGAGGGGAUGUCCCAUUCCCAGUGCCACACAAGCAUGAGGGUUGUUUUGCGUUGAGUAAGUGCGUGUUAUCCAGGCAUCCUCAUGCUCCUGCUCCGUUUGAAGUCGAUAAUGAUAAAGCAAGAAGAAGAAGAAGAUCAAAUUGGCGUUGUUGUAGUGGUUCGGAGGAGUCACAGUCACAGUCACAGUCACAGUCACAGUCACAGAAACAGGGUGUUUCAAGUUCGCAACGGGAAUGGGAAGUGCAGGAAGCUCGCGAGGCCGUUUCAAGUUAUCUGAGAGAAUUGGGAGUGCCGGAGGAGGAGUCGGUGUCCAUAGCGUGGAAUUCCGCGGAGUAUGUGAAGAUGUUGGUGGAAGGUGUGAGGGAAUUGGAUGAGUGGGGGUGGGAGGCAGAUGAACAAACUGCGGGGUUGAGCUUCAAGGAUAAGAUUCUUCGUGUUGCCGCCGAAAAGGGCGACAAGGGGAAAAUUGCCUACUUAGAGACUCUGGGUCUCACUCUCUCUUGGUCUAUCAACGUCGCCGGAUAUCUCUCCACUCAAACCCUCCCCACUCUCAUUCACAAGGUUACGCGCAUCAAGCAACUCUUCUUUUCUCCCCCUGAUAACGAUCACGACCCCUCGUUGCUCAUCAAAUACAUUCGCCUCACAAUGCGCUACUUGUCCAUUUCAAUUGACGAAGACCUCCAACGCACCUUCUCCUUUUUCGAAAAGCUUCAAGCAAAGCCUGGUGGCCUAAACACUUUGGCUUCCCAAGAUGCCGCUUUCUGUUCCUUGAUACAAACCUUCCCUCGUCUCCUUCACUUAUCAGUUGACAACCACUUACCCCGCAUACUGGAUUCGCUCCACAAUUUUGGAAUCCCCACAUCUCGCAUCUCAAACAUAAUACUGGCUUUCCCUCCUCUUCUCUUCUGGAAUCUUCAACUCCUUCAAACUAGACUCCUCGCCUUCCAGCAGAUCGACGUGGCUGAUCAGGAUUAUGCCAAGUUGCUGCUAAAAUAUCCUUGGCUUCUAUCGACAAGUAUUCAAGAGAAUUAUGCGGAGCUCCUUGCUUUUUCUUAUUCUAUCAAGGUUUCAAAGACACAGAUAGACCGUGCAAUUGAAAGCCACCCUCAUCUAUUGAGUUGUUCAACUAGCAAGCUGGAAUUGAUGGUAGAUCAAUUUGCUAAACUAGGAGUUCGGAACAAAAAGUUAAAUCAGGUUAUUGCUAGAAGUCCUCAACUACUAUUACGGAAGCCCAAAGACUUUCUACAGAGACGAGACAAUUUUGUUGGCCCAGAGAUUGUUCUGUUGUUUGAAAAUAUGGAUUUAGAUAAAGAUACUAUUGGAAGAAUACUUGCCCGCUGCCCUGAAAUUUUUGCUGCCAGCAUUAAUAAAACUUUACAAAGGAAGAUUGAGUUCCUUGGUAGGGUUGGUGUUUCUAAGACUUUCCUUGCUGGGGUUAUCAGAAAGUAUCCAGAAUUACUUGUUUCUGACAUUGACAAAACUGUACUACAAAGGAUAAUGUACUUGAUGAAGUUAGGGCUUUCAGGGGAAGACAUUGCAUAUAUGAUACGCACUUUUUCUCCUCUUCUUGGGUACAGUAUAGAGAGGGUUCUUAGGCCAAAAGUAGAAUUCCUUGUGAACUCAAUGGAGAGGCCAGUAACCGAUGUGGUGGGUUACCCUAGGUAUUUUAGCUAUUCACUAGAGAAGAAGAUAAAGCCAAGAUAUUGGGUGUUGAAAAGAAGAGAUAUCAAAUGUAGCUUAAAGGAUAUGCUGGGAAAAAAUGAUGAAGAAUUUGCUGCUGAAUUUAUGGGUAUUGGAAGGAUGCCCGUCUCUCCUCCCGUACAGAAUGGGGUGUCUGUCACUGAUCCCAAAUCCGACCUCAAACAGCGGUAG